CGUCUCAUCUUCAACAAUGGAGCUGAAAAAGCCAGCAUCCACCAUGUCUGCACAGCCUCCUCCAAUCAGUCCUUUUCUUCUUCGUCUUCCUUCUGUCCUUCUCUGUCUUCUAAUCCUAAUGUUCGACCUCUCAAACGCUCAACACUGCUACGACACGGGCAACUUCACAGCCACCAGCAACUACGCCAAGAACCGGGAGCUUGUCCUCUCUUCUCUCCCUAGCGAUGUGGCUUCAAACGGCGGGUUCUACUCUGGGAAGGUAGGGAACAGCUCAGAUGUCGUUUAUGUGCUCAGUUUCUGCAGAGGCGACUCUUCGAACGACUCUUGCUUCAAGUGCUUAAGCUCUGCUGCUGAAGAUUUGAUGAUCAAGUGUCCAAACCAAAAAGCUGCGGUCACCUGGGGGACAGGAGAUCCUCCUUGCAUCAUCCGUUACGCUGAUGGUCUGAUGUACGGCGUGAAGCAGGCAUUUCCGACACUACCGUAUUAUAACACAGGCAACAUCACGAUGGAUCAGGAUCAGUUCGAUCGGACAUGGAGGAAUUUUACAGAGGAGCUGGCAACAAGGGCUUCAAUGGGGACGUCAGAGCUCAAGUUCAUAGGAGGGAGAACGGUGUUGCCAAACACCCAGACCAUGUUCGCGCUGUUGCAGUGCAGCCCUGAUUUGUCUCAGAUUGAUUGUCGAAUUUGCUUGUGGGAAUGCAUAAAUGAUUAUCAAGAUUGUUGCCAUGGAAAACGAGGCGGGGUGUUAACAAGCCGAGCUGCAUUUUCCGAUGGGACUUGUAAUAUCUCGAAGUCAUUACGCAUUGUGGUUGCUGUGAUAGGUUCAGCAGCUCUCUUUGUUGUGAUAAUUGUAUCCGUUUGUUGCUUGAUUAGAAGGAGAAGAAGUAAUCCAUUGAUGGUCUCAUCUGCAAAAGACGAGGUCAAAACUGCUGAAAGCUUACAGUUCAAAAUAAGCGAGAUCAGGACCGCCACAAAUUCCUUUGCAGAAGGCAAUAAGCUUGGAGAAGGGGGAUUCGGGAAAGUGUAUCGGGGUAGGCUUCCCAACGGGCGAGAAAUAGCUGUGAAGAGGCUAUCACAAAGCUCAAAGCAAGGCCUCCAAGAAUUUAAGAAUGAGAUUGUGUUGGUCGCGAAGCUUCAACACCGGAAUUUAGUGAGACUGCUUGGAUUUUGCUUUGAAGAAGGGGAAAAGCUACUGGUAUACGAGCUUAUGCCCAACAAAAGUCUUGACUACUUCAUGUUCGACCCUAAGAAAAGCAAACAACUGGACUGGCCAAGACGUUACAACAUAAUAUCAGGCAUCGCUCGAGGGAUGCUCUAUCUUCAUGAAGAUUCUCGGCUUCGAAUCAUUCACCGUGAUUUAAAAGCUAGCAACAUCUUGCUGGACAAUAAUAUGAACCCAAAGAUUUCAGAUUUUGGCAUGGCAAGGAUUUUCGGAGUUGAUCAAACUAACGCAAGCACUAGAAGAAUCGUAGGAACCUACGGUUACAUCCCGGAAUAUGCGAUGCAUGGGCAAUUCUCUCAAAAGUCUGAUGUUUACAGCUUCGGCGUCCUCCUCCUCGAGAUCAUUUGCGGCAAGAGGAAUGACUACUACUGCCAAUCUGAUGGAGGUGAAGCUCUCGCAAGCUAUGCUUGGAAACAUUGGAGGGACAAUGUGCCUUGGGAAAUCUUGGACCCGGUAUUGGGAGAAUCUUAUUCCAGAAGCCAAGUGCUAAGAUGCAUACACAUUGGCUUUCUAUGUGUUCAGGGAGAUCCGGCUGAUAGACCGACCAUGGCAAGCAUAGUUCUUACGCUGAGCAGCCAAACUCUUAGUCUGGCAGUGCCACGGGAACCUGCCUUUUUCCUCCGAAGCUGGACGGAACCACCAAAGAACAUCAUAGCAAAUAACCAAGGACAUGAUCAAAAUACCAGAGGCUCCACACCUUUGUCGGUCAAUGAAGUGUCGAUCACUGAACUCUCCGCUCGAUGAA